GUUAACCCCAAAUUUUAUCUUUUCAUCGUUUCCUUUUCCUUUCCAUAUCAAGUUUUCAGUUCUUGCUCCCCUAUAAAAAUCCCCACUGAGGUCCCAAAUUCACAAUCCAAGCGAGCGAUUUCUUCUUUGAAUCUCGAAACUUCGCUGCAUUAUUCUGGAAUUCGAUUCGGUGAAUCGCCGGAAUACCCACCACCAUCGGCGUCGUUAGGGUGAUUUAUUCUCCGGCGUGUGCGUUCUUGAAGUCGUGGCGAGAAAACAUGGAGGGAAUCCAUCACCCCAUAGCUCGUACUGUCGAAGAGGUCUUUAGCGACUUCAGGGGUCGACGGGCUGGGCUGCUCAAAGCUCUCACGACCGAUUUGGAGAAGUUCUGCACUGAAUGCGACCCUGAGAAGGAGAACUUGUGCCUGUAUGGAUUCCCUAAUGGGACAUGGAAGCUUAGCCUUCCUGCUGAGGAGGUUCCUCCCGAGCUUCCUGAGCCAUCUCUAGGCAUCAAUUUUGCGAGGGAUGGAAUGGCCGGACAGGAGUGGGUUUCUCUGGUUGCUGUCCACAGUGAUUCAUGGCUGCUCUCCGUUGCAUUUUACUUUGGCGCACGUUUUGGGUUUGGUAAGGAUGAGAGGAAGAGGCUCUUCCAGAUGAUAAAUGAUCUCCCGACCAUUUUCGAUAUUGUGAGUGGAAAGGUGAAGCAAUCUAAGGAUCGACCUGCUAACCACAAUGGCAACAAAAGCAAAUCCGGAAGCAAGUCUCGACAGUCGGAAUCCCAGAAAAGGGCUUCAAAGAUGGCUUCAUAUCCUAACGAAGAAGAUGGCAGAGAGGAGGAGGAGGGGGCGAUAUGCGGGGCAUGCGGGCACAACUAUGCAACGGAUGAGUUCUGGAUAUUCUGCGAAGCGUGUGAGAGAUGGUUCCAUGGCAAUUGCGUAAAGGUCACACCCUCCAUGGCUGAUCGCAUCGACCAUUACAACUGCCCCGCCUGCUCCUCCGACAAGCUCCCUCGAACUUGAAGUUUUUUAUUGCCAAGUGUAAUGCCUUGUCCGUCUUCAGCCGCUGAAAUAAACGAUUUUCAGAAAAGGUAGAAAAAUAAAAUUUUUGUUGAAUA